AUGUCAGAAACGUUACCUCCAAAGAUCAAUUUACAUUUACCUAAGAGCGGGGAGCCUGAUGAAAUGGCGGCGUCGUCGACCCCGCAUGACGAGGAUCAAUCGGGCGGCAGUGAUGGCGAAUACCAGCACGCUCUAGAGGUAGUCUUCGGUCCUGAGAGCGCACACCGCCGAAAGUCAUCCCUUGUUACUGUCGACCAUCCCGCCUACGCGAGGAGGAAUACAGAAUGCUUUGUCCAUGCGUUGUUAGAAAGCCAAAGGGAUCAUAGAAGAGGGCCUCACAACAGAAACUUGGAUAAUGUGGAUGACUUGCUCGGGGAUGACAAUCUGUGCAUCAAGGAAGUGGACGAGAAGUCCGACUCUUCUGUAAGCCCGAACGACGUUGGUGGCGAAGGAGCAGAGUCAACGCCGGGCCAAGAAGACCAGCGAUCAUGGAAACAGCUUCUUAGAGAAACUUGUACGGAUAUGAGGGGUGCCACUCAGAAUCCACCCGGGAUUCAGCAUGGAGAGGAGCCAAAUGUGGUGCAUAGCAGGCUCCUCACAAAGAAACAGCUUUCUGAUAUGACGUGGGGAGUUCGAAAGCUCAGUAAACGCCUAGGGAGCAUAAAACUGAGGCUCAAUGUCCGGAGCAUCUUUCUUCUUACCAAAGCUUACGAUGAAACCCUUAUCUGGAAGGCUAGGGAUAUUGUCAAGUGGCUACUUAGCCCAGAACGCGAAGUUAGAUAUACAGUUUGGGUGGAGAAUACUUUGCGGAUGAAUAAGAGGUUUGAUGCUGCUGGACUUCUCGCUGAGAUCGAUCAAGAAUACGCUCAAAAAGGCAUAUCCCAUGAUGGCCACAGAAAAAUUGAAGAGAGGCUGAAGUACUGGGAUAACAAUCUUUGUAGGACAAGACCACAGACUUUUGACUUUAUUGUCACACUAGGGGGUGAUGGGACAGUUCUGUAUGCAAGCUGGCUGUUCCAGCGCGUUGUACCACCGGUUCUAAGUUUUGCCUUGGGAAGCCUGGGGUUCUUGACCAAAUUCGACUACGAGCAAUUUCAGGAUACCCUUACCAAGGCGUUUAGAGAUGGUGUUACGGUAAGCUUACGGUUGCGGUUCGAGGCAACGGUAAUGCGGAGUCAAAAGAAAGGAAAACAGGGUUCCAUCGGGAAUGAAGAGGGCCUGGCUGAUGAUGAUGAAGUCGGCAUGCAUAGAGAUUUGAUAGAAGAGUUGGUUGGGGAAGAAAAGGGAGAUGAGAGAACACAUCGGCCUGAUGGGUCACAUGAGAUACUGAAUGAUAUCGUUGUUGACCGCGGGCCAAACCCGACGAUGUCUGCGACCGAGAUAUUCGGAGACGACGAACACUUCACCUCCAUGCAGGCAGACGGAGUCUGUGUGGCAACUCCAACCGGCUCUACUGCAUACAAUCUCGCAGCAGGUGGCUCCCUCUGCCACCCUGAGAACCCCGUCAUUCUUGUAACGGCAAUCUGUGCUCACACAUUGUCAUUCCGCCCUAUUAUUCUUCCUGAUACUAUUGUUCUUCGCGUGGGCGUUCCUUAUGAUGCAAGGGCUAGCAGCUGGGCAAGUUUUGAUGGUAGAGAGAGAAUCGAGCUGAAACCUGGGGAUUAUGUCACGAUCAGUGCAAGCCGAUUCCCAUUUGCAAAUGUUAUGCAACCUGGGAGCCGGUCUGAGGAUUGGAUCAAUAGCAUUAGUGGGAAACUGGGUUGGAAUACACGACAGAGGCAGAAGUCCUAUAAAGCCUAUAAAGAGUGUGGCAAGUGA